CCCGCUGUUUGUCACAUGGAAAAUAGGCAGAGACAAGCGGUUGAGGGGUUGUAUAGGUACAUUUUCUGCCAUGAAUCUGCACUCAGGACUCAGGGAAUACACCCUUACCAGUGCCCUUAAAGACAGCCGCUUCCCCCCUAUGACAAGGGAUGAGCUGCCUCGCCUCUUCUGCUCAGUGUCUCUUCUCACCAACUUUGAAGACGUCGGUGAUUACCUUGACUGGGAGGUGGGUGUUCACGGUAUUAGGAUAGAGUUUUUCAAUGAAAAAGGAUCAAAGCGCACCGCCACCUACCUACCGGAGGUUGCAAAGGAGCAAGGUUGGGACCACAUUCAAACCAUAGAUUCCUUACUACGAAAGGGAGGUUACAAAGCUCCCAUCACAAAUGACUUCAGGAAGACCAUUAAGUUAACCAGGUACCGUAGCGAGAAGAUGACAAUGGGUUAUGCAGAGUACAUCGCUCACCGCCAGCACCAUCACUACCAGAAUGGCAUUGGGCACCCUCUACCACCCUACAACCAUUAUUCCUGACAGCGAGCCGCAUGACCAAUCAUUGGACCUCUCCGCGGACCUUUUCCCAGGAGAGCCUGCCCCCUCCUGGUCUAGCUAUUUCUACUACUGUACCAUUUUAUGAUGAUAGUUUCCGUUGCCAUGCUGGCCGUCUCCUAGACGUUGACAUGGCAACGGGUGGCAACGAAGCAUCAUUUGAUUAUGGCAAGAAAUCCAUGUUUCUUUUUCUUUGCCCGUGGUUACGUUUUUGCAGCAUAUGUAUAUCUAUAUUAUAACCCCCUUCAUUCAUAUUUUUUGAAAAUUAAAACAAAUACUUUUAUUAAUCUUACGUAUUUUCAGCAAACCUAAUCAGGUGUUUGAUUCUGUGGAUGGAAGGAAGUCUCUUAAGGUGGGUUAGCCUCGUGCUUAUAUUGUUUAGGCUUUGCUACAUUUUACAUUUACUAAGAAAGUCUUUCUUUUUUCCUCUUAUUUAUCUUACUAUCCAGACAUGUAUACCAUGUAGCAAGGCAACUGCAGUUCUCAAAGGCUGUAUCGUCUCUAUUCCAAUUCCGCUCUCUCAAAAAAAAGAUUGACUGUUGAGGUUGUUUUAGCCUUGUAAACUCUUGUAGUGUUGUAGUUGGAACUAUAUAUUGGGACUUGUAUACUCCAAAGUAUAGAUAAUAGGAUUGUGACGUUUGACCAGGCUAUGCUGGUAGUGUUUAUUGUUUAAGCUCACAAUCGUGUGUAUUUCUGUGUGUGGAUAUAGUUGUUGGUUUGCCACCAGGAAAAAAAACAGCAGAGUCAAGUAGAAAUUGGACUUUAACUAAAGAUUCCCUACAGUGAUUUUUUUGUUUUUUGGAAACCAGCCCCUAAGUAUUUGGAGUGUUUUUGUGGUGGAACCUGGAAACCUUGUUUGGCUAAAACUAACAGCUGUGUUUCAUCUUUUUGUUACAUUUUUUUAAAAGAUAAUUGUGGAGGAAGCCAUUUUGUCUGAGGAUGAUCAUGACCGAUUUGUUAAUUAUCGAUGUAAAAUGGGCUACAAGUGGGUCUGACUUCCCCACAUUGGAGAGUGGGAGCAGAUGUAACUAUAGGUCCCUAGAGGGAUACAAGAGUGUGCACGAACAAUGCUUUCAUUUAAAUUUACUGUGUCUGUUGGUUUCUGAGUUUACUGGCAGGGAAUCACUUGACAGGGACACGCUAUAACUACUUAAAGCCAUAUUCUCUUUUUAUUCCACACUUUGUAAGAGUAGACUCUUGUUUUACAAGUCAAACAAGGUGGUUUCAGUCAUUAGUAGGAUGUUUUCUAUAUUGCCUGCCCAUGUCAUUGUGGAAACUUUGUCUUGCCUUUUCAUAUCCUAGCUAACCAUUGUCACUAAUCAAAGUAUGAUGUAUUAAAAUUGUCAUUUUGAAUGAAGACGCACCACCUUGACGCACAAAGGAAGUGAUCUAAUUAACAUGUUUGUGUCAGUUAGAAGUGCAUGCCAUUAGGCUAUUUAGAUUCAGUUGCAGUUAUGCAUCUAGUUGAUUAGUUGUUGAAACCGCACUUCUGCACUGUUCUCCUGUAAUAGUCUGCUGUUCUGUGAGAUCCCGUUGAUCUGUGUCCACAGCACAGGAAAUGUUUAGAUUUGUGGUCUGUUUUGUCAGCUGUUUGGCACUAGGAUAGCACAUACACAGUUGAAUUAGAUAGAGUUGUAUCUCUGCAUGGGGCUGGACGGCUUGCAGUUACGGUCUACAAAUAACCAGGACUUUGUAUGGACUAAAGAAGCCAUUUGCCAUCCAAAUAUUACUUGUUGUGAGUCACAUCCACACACAGUAGGCUAGUUGGAUUUACUUUACAGAAUGUUUGAACUGUGAUCCACUUGCUUUGGGUUCAGUCUUAGUUUUGCUAACUGGAAUUUUUGAGAGGUUCUUGUUACUGGACCAACAUCUUUCUUCGUAACAGCCUUUACUAACUGACAGGUUAUUUUUCUUUAUGCAAAACGUCAAGGGCUUUUGGCACUCCAUCCACAGUAACCCGAAAUGACCCAGAUUUAAGUUGUGUUGCCUUAAAUGAAUGAUUUAAUAAAUGAUGGAGCAGUAGAUGAUGCCCUGAGUGUUCCUCUGUCCCAUGGUUUGCUCUUUCCCAGUUCCAUCUUCACACCACAGUGUAGGAAAGGGUCUCAGAUGAUGUUUUCCUCACUUGAAUGUUAUGGCUUUCUUUGAAAUGUGGGGGCUCUUGUAUGCCUGCAGUCUCCUGUUUGCUCACGUCUUACCCAGCUGCUGGUCCUCAAUUCUUUCAUUUUAGAAAGCCCCGUAUAGACACAUUCUCUUAAAAUAAUGUUGGGCACUGUGGUGUUGUUAGCCUAAAUGUUUAAACCAUGGGAAGACAAUUUCAUGCCUCGAGUAAAAUGUACGCUUUUAUGAUAAAUACACUACAACAAAAGCUUCAAAGAGGAACUGUCAGGCAUGUAUUUUCUGGUCCAUUUAAUACAGCACAACCUGAAUUUUCCUGCUGCAAAACCAAAUUGACCAUGCUCUUUUACAUAUAUAUCUUUGUAUACACAUGCAAUGUAUUUUGUUGCAUGUAUGUAUGAGUAUGAGACCUAUGGUUUUAUCCAUGAUAUGCUUGAUCUAUGGCUUAGACACUCUUAUUAACCAUUAAGAGAUUUAAAAGACAAAUAUGGUGCUAUCGGACCUCAUAUUGGGGUGGUCACAGCUCGUGACUGGUCAUGCGGACUCAUUGAUCAUAUCAUACUUAAAGAUGCUACAUGUAAGAUUUUCUCUUUAGUAUAUUGCUGUAAAAUGAGUUCUGACAGCACAUUUUAAUAUUGAAGGAUGUGACUGUCACUGAUACAAACAGUAGCUCCAAGAACCUGUGCUUUCAUCAAGUCCAACGGGGGAGAUUUUGGGAUCAAUUCCCUAUGGGAAAAACAGACCGAUAUUCUUACACACAUAAUGAAGAAGUCGUCCUUGCAGCAAACCCGUCAUAGGGGCUAUGGAAUGUACUGUUAAUGGCUGUUAUUACAAUUUAACAAUGAUAUAUUGAGAGAAAAUCCUACAUGUUACCUUUUACUAUCCUUGAUAUAUGCAGAUCUGUUCAACAGGUGUUUUUUUUUUUUUUUUUCCUACCAGUGCAAGUCAACACCCCUGCAGGUUUGAAAGGACAAGAAGUCACAUGUAGCCUCCUUCCCCUUGAUUACUCCCCCACUCUAUGGCCCGACCUCAUGGCCUAGUUUGUCAAGGUAUGAUGUGUGUCGUUUGGUAGAUGGUGGCAGUAGUAGUGGUCGUUGCCUCUCCUGGAAGAUUGGAUGCUGCUAUUUCAGAGCACAUCCUCUGUUUUCCUUUAGCUGCUGAAUCGUUUGACCUCCGCUGAAAAGGCAAGGUUUGAUUUAUUGACUAGUAAAAAGGUCAUCAUGUUGAGACUUUCACAGCCUCUCAAACUAUGUUGAAGGUAAGCAUCUCCUAUAAUGGGAUGCAGAGUUAAUGUUUUUACGUAGAACACGCAGAAAAUAGUCCUGCUUCUGUACUGAUUAACUGUUUAAAGCAUUGAUACCUCAUGGGAUAUGAUGGAACGACGUGUAGUUUGUUGUAGCAGAUUGUGUUUCAGUUCCAUACCAGGGUUAGAGUUCAGCCUCAGCAUUCCUUGUGUGAUCGUUCUCAAAUUUCGCGGAAUGCUCAAGCUCAUGUUACCUUCGUAUGUUUGACUGAACCAAAGAUGCCAGCGGCCAUGCCCAAAUGCUGCUCUUCAGGCCUGGCUUCCUGUCCUUCCAAAAGACACCCCUGCAAUUGACAAAAUGUUCUUUGUCUUCUUUUUUUGUGUGCGCGAUUUCUCAACUGUCUUGACUUAUUAAGCAAUCCAAUUUUUCAAUGAAUUUUCAUUGUAUCUAUCUCUGAAGCCGUACAUGGCAUCAAGGAUGGUUAAAAUGGUUGCAAGUUGUUGUUACUUGUUUUGUUUAUUAUUAUUAUUGGUAUUAGUAUUAUUAGAAUUAUUGCUAUAAUUUACAAAAAUGAAAAUCCCAUGGUGUGCCUCCUAGCUUUAUGGGUUUAUAAAUGUUUUUCCCUAAAGACCAGCAGUUAUACUUUGUAUAAAAGAUGGAUUUUUCCUUAUUUUUUAUGCCAUUAAAGAUGAAAAAGCCUGUUUUCUUUACUCUGGACCCAGUAGCUGCACUGGUAUACAAUCGCACUGAUAGAAGAAUAAAAAAAAAAAAAAAAGAAUCGAUAAUAAUAAUGACAAAUGAAAUAAGAACUACAAUAAACUUGUGUUUGAAACUUUUAUUAAAAAAAAUUUAAAAGAAAAUAAAAAAAGAAAAUGACUGUUUUUGUACAUCAAAAUAAAUUCUUUUCAAAAUAAUAUUUUGGAUCUAGUUUCAAAAUUAUUUUAGUGGUUUUCUAUGUUCUGAAUUUUUCAGACACUGACUUCCAAGACGUGUCGCUGUACAAAAUGACUUUUUUCUGUUGCAGUGGCCUGAUGGGCUGGGAGGGUUGCCUGGUGUAACUCCUCAUACCAACUUUUAUUUCUUUUUCUUUAAAUUUUUGGAUCUUUUUUUCUCUGCUUUAGUAAAUUGAAAAAUGUUGAUGGAAUAAUAUGAACUGGGAACUUAAAAUCCAUCCCCUGUAGAGCUAGACCCUUCAUCCUUUCCUAUUGAAUUGCUGUUAGUGUGAUGCGACUUGAAAUGGGCAUUUAUAAUGAUAGUAUGACCCCCAAAAGAAAAAACAAAAGAAAAAGAAACUAGCAAAAGAAAUGUGUGGGGAGGGUUGAAAGAAUAUAUAUAUAUAUAGAUGGGUUAUCUGAGUAUGUAAGCAAUGGCUGUGAAGAUAAUGUAGUUUUAAACAUUGUUAUUACCUUUUAAAAUCAUUUAUUCAAUAAAAAAUACAAAAUCAAUUGAAAA